UGGCAGCUGACUGACACCUGAUUAGUAACAGUGCACCUAAUAAACAAAGUUUUCUUGGAAUAAAAACUAAUCUGAGUAUGAAAUUUGGACACUAAUUAGAAGAUUAUAAUGAGAUUACCCCAGGUAAAAACUUUAUUUUGCAAGAGGCAUGUUUUGUCUCAAUUCCUACGGUAUACACACCAAGAGCAUCAAAUAUCUAAGUCCGUUUUGUAUCCUCUUAGUAAUAGAAAAUUACUUAACAUAAAAGGUAACGAUGCAUCAGUAUUCCUACAAGGGCUAAUAACAAACGAUAUGCGACAUUUUGAUGAAGGAGCUAAGUCUAUGUACGCUAUGUUUCUUAACAACAAGGGCCGGGUUAUGUACGACACAUUAGUUUAUAAAUGGAAAGACGAUGACUCUUAUUUAUUAGAAUGCGAUUCUAGUCUAAUUAAUGCAAUACAGAAACAUUUAAAAAUGUAUAAGUUAAGAAGACAGUUGGAAAUCAAAGAUGUUAACAAUGAAAUUAAACUAUGGGCACUUAUAUCAUCUAAUGUACCUGAUAUUGUAGAUGAUAGUAUUCAAAUUUAUAAAGAUCCUCGUCUUGAUGACUUGGGAUUAAGAAUCGUAUCAUCUGUAUCAGUGAUUGAAACCAAAAUAACAGACAUUUUAGGGAAAGAUAUUACGAUAGACAAUGAUGACAAUGGUUAUAAAUAUUUAAGGUAUAAGUUAGGUGUCAGCGAAGGAGUAGAUGAUUUACCUCCUGGAACAAGCUUUCCUUUAGAAGCCAACUGUGAUUACCUGCAUGGUGUAAGUUUUCACAAGGGCUGCUAUAUUGGACAAGAAUUAACAGCCAGAGUCCAUCAUACUGGUGUAGUUCGUAAGAGGUUGAUGCCCUUAAAAUUUACCACAGAUGUAAAAGAUUCUAUACAAAAAGAUUCUCCUAUAACAGCUACAAAUAAUCCAAAAACAAGUAUAGGAAAAUUGAAGGGUACUAUUCAGAAUUAUGGAUUAGGUUUGCUAAGGAUUAAAGAGGCGAUGGAUGCUAAAAUGUUAAAAGUUGGUGAUUAUGAAGCUGAAGUAAUAAAACCUUCUUGGUGGCCAAUUGAAGCACCAAGAGAAGUAACAUCAAAAAAAGAACAAAAUUAAGAUUAUAUGUUAAUAACUUGAACCAAAUGAGAUUCAGAUAUUGUUAUUAUGCAGGAAAUGGAUGAUCCAAAGAAAAAUGUGGAAGAAAAAGAAUUAGUUUAUGAUUUUAACUGUGUGUCAUGUAAUCUAAAUGAA